ACUGAUUCACUCACUCACACACACUCACUCACACACACACACACACACACACACACACACAUACAUACAUACAUACAUACACAACCUCACCGGGAGCUGCUGCCGCUGCCGAAACCUGACGCGUCCCGACUUUUUAAAAGGGACCAAACAAAGAGUGACAAAGCACUGUUUCAGCUUUAUUAUAAGGACGACUGGAAUUAACAUUCCUCUCCCAAAGUGGACUGAAAAGGGAAUUUUAUUCUGAACACGAGGGGAGGAAUUAUGUCCAAAAUGGAGGUAAAGACAUCACUCCUCGACAACAUGAUAGGAGUGGGUGACAUGGUCCUGCUUGAGCCCCUGUCGGAGGAAACCUUCAUCGAGAACCUACGAAAGCGCUUUGAGCACAAUGAGAUCUAUACAUACAUUGGUAGUGUGGUGAUCUCUGUGAACCCCUACAAGUCCCUUCCCAUCUUCACAGCAGAAAAGGUGGAAGAGUACCGCAACAGGAACUUUUAUGAGCUCAGCCCACACAUAUAUGCCCUGGCAGAUGAGGCAUACCGGUCUCUUCGGGAUCAAGAUAAAGACCAGUGCAUCCUGAUUACAGGAGAAAGUGGUGCAGGAAAGACUGAGGCCAGCAAGCUGGUGAUGUCAUAUGUGGCUGCUGUGUGUGGGAAGGGCCAGGAGGUGAACAAAGUGAAGGAGCAGCUGUUGCAGUCAAAUCCAGUGCUAGAGGCUUUCGGAAAUGCCAAAACAGUGAGGAAUGACAACUCAUCUCGAUUUGGGAAGUAUAUGGACAUCGAGUUUGACUUUAAAGGUGAUCCGUUGGGUGGUGUCAUCAGCAACUAUCUUCUGGAAAAGUCCCGUGUUGUGAAGCAGCCAAGAGGAGAGAGGAACUUCCAUAUUUUUUACCAGUUGUUAUCCGGAGCAUCAGACGAGACCCUUAAAAAACUAAAGUUGGACAGAGACUUCAGCAAAUAUAACUAUCUCAGCCUUGAUUCCGCCACUGUCAAUGGGCUUGAUGAUGCUGCAAACUUCAGGACAGUCAGGAAUGCCAUGCAGAUUGUGGGAUUCAUGGAGGAUGAGGUACAGUUAGUGUUGGAGCUGGUGGCUGCUGUGCUCAAGUUGGGCAAUAUAGAGUUCAAGCCUGACUCACGUGUCAAUGGCUUCGAUGAGAGCCGGGUAAAGGAUAAGAAUGAUCUGAAGGAAAUGUGUGAGCUGCUGGGCAUUGAGCAGUCGGUGCUGGAGCGAGCUUUCAGUUUCCGCACCGUGGAGGCUAAGAUGGAGAAAGUGUCCACCACACUCAAUGUUGCUCAGGCCUAUUAUGCUCGCGACGCACUUGCCAAAAAUUUAUACAGCCGAAUGUUCAGUUGGCUGGUGAAUCGAAUCAAUGAAAGCAUCAAGGCUCAAACCAAAUCUAGGAAGAAGGUUAUGGGGGUGCUGGAUAUUUAUGGCUUUGAGAUCUUUGAGGACAACAGUUUUGAGCAGUUCAUCAUCAAUUACUGCAAUGAGAAGCUUCAGCAGAUCUUCAUUGAGCUCACCCUGCGUGAGGAACAGGAGGAGUAUGUUCGUGAGGGCAUUGAAUGGACCAACAUUGACUAUUUUAACAAUGCCAUAAUCUGUGACCUGAUUGAAAAUAACAAGAACGGGAUCCUGGCCAUGCUCGAUGAGGAGUGUCUGAGGCCGGGCACAGUGACAGACGAGACCUUCUUGGACAAGCUGAACACCGUUUGCGCUGAACAUCAGCACUUUGAGAGCCGCCUAAGCAAAAACUCAAAGUUCCUCACUGACCACAGUUUGCCUCACAACUGCUUCCGGAUCCAGCAUUACGCUGGCAAGGUGCUGUAUCGGGUAGAGGGCUUUGUAGACAAAAACAAUGACCUGCUCUACAGAGACCUGUCUCAGGCUAUGUACAAGGCCAACCACAGCCUGAUGAAAUUACUGUUCCCAGAGGGCAACCCUGCCAAGGUUAACUUAAAGAGGCCUCCUACAGCUGGAUUCCAGUUCAAAGCUUCAGUGGGCUCACUUAUGAAGGAUCUACUGACCAAGAAUCCUAACUACAUCAGAUGCAUCAAACCAAAUGAUAAGAAGGCAGCUCAGAUCUUCACCGAUUCACUGGUCUGCCAUCAGGUGCGCUAUCUGGGCCUGAUGGAGAAUGUACGCGUUAGACGGGCAGGAUAUGCCUUCCGUCAGGCUUACGAGCCCUGCCUCGAGCGCUACAAGAUGCUCUGCAAGCAAACCUGGCCCCACUGGAAAGGCCCUGCAAGGGGAGGUGUGGAGGUCCUCCUGAAGGAAUUGGAGGUACCAGAAGAGGAAUUUGCCUAUGGGCGCUCCAAAAUCUUUAUUCGGAAUCCCAGAACUCUCUUUUUCCUGGAGGAAAGGAGAAGGCAGUGUCUGGAGGACUUGGCCACCCUCAUCCAGAAGAUCUACCGCGGCUGGAAGUGCCGGACCCAGUUCCUGCUGCUGAAGAAGAGCCAGGUGGUUGUGGCUGCAUGGUACCGCAGAUAUGCACAACAAAAUAAAUACCAGAAGAUUAAGAGUUCCUCCAUAGUGGUUCAGUCGUUCAUUAGAGGAUGGAAGGCCCGUAAGUUGCUGCGUGAACUAAAAUACCAAAAGAGAUGCAAAGAGGCGGUGACCACCAUUGCAGCCUAUUGGCAUGGAACACAGGCUCGGAGAGAACUGCGGCACUUAAAGCAUGAGGCUCGGAGUAAACGCGCCGUGUCCAUCAUUUGGGCCGGCUGGCAAGGAACCAAGGCACGCAGAGAGCUUAAACGGCUGAAGGAGGAGGCCAGGCGUAAGCACGCUGUCGCCGUCAUUUGGGCCUACUGGUUGGGACUCAAGGUGCGUAGGGAAUACAGAAAGUUCUUCAGAGCAAAUGCUGGCAAGAAGAUCUAUGACUUCACUAUCCAGAGAAUUAUGCAGAAGUAUUUUCUUGGCUUGAAAAACACAUUGCCUUCAAUGUCACCAAUUGAUAAGAGCUGGCCAGCAAGGUCUUACCUUUUCUUGGAGGGCACACAUGAGGAGCUCAGGAGGACCUUCCAUCUAUGGAGGUGCAAGAAAUACAGGAGCCAGUUUACAGAUGAGAAGAAAUCCACCUAUGAAGAGAAACUGGAAGCAAGUGAGCUCUUCAAAGACAAGAAGGCUCUAUACCCCAGCAGUGUGGGGCAGCCUUUUAAAGGAGAUUACCUGGAAAUAACCAAAAACCCGAAGUACCAGAAGCUGAACAGCAUGAUCGAUGAGAAGCUACUUCUGGCAGAUGUGGUCAAUAAAAUCAACAGAGCCAAUAGCAAGGGAUCUUCCAGAAUCUUCCUCCUCACAAAGAAGAACUUUGUGCUGGCUGAUCAGAAGACAGGACAACUGAAGGCCAGCGUACCACUGCCUGAUCUGACCAGUGUAUCUGUUAGCACUCAGAAUGACGGCUUCUUUGCUCUCAAACUCAAAGAGGGCUCUGCAUCAGCAGCCAAGGGUGACUUCUUGCUGAGCAGUGAUCGAUUAAUAGAGAUCAUUACCAAACUUCAUCGCACUGGAGCUGCGGAACCGAUCCAUAUUGACAUUUCAGAUGAAUUCCUUGUGCAGUUCAAACAGGACAAAGUGUGCAUCAAAUUCAUCCAAGGAGGACCCAAAAACGGCAAUAAUGUCGCCUGCAAGCGUAAAAACAACCGACUUCUAGAGGUGUCUGUUCCAUCCCCAUAGUGAUCAGCCAUCUUCACUCCCUAGUGGGGUCUCAUUUUUAUGACUCUUUACCAUCAAACCUAAACUUAAUUCCAGUUCCUGAAUGACAGUUAUUGUGCAAUUAUUGUGUUUUUGUCAUUGUUAUAUCUUGUUUUUUGUAAACAGAAUCAGUGCAUUAGUAAGACUCCGAAAUACUACAUUUAACAGUAUUUGGGUACCUAGGAAUGACGUCAUAUUUACCAUUAGUUGGGAAUAGGAGGGAUCCAUGCAUUCCUCCCAGUAUUUAAGUGCAUUACAAUUGCAGUUCAGUCAAGGCAUUAAUAGUAACAGAUGUAAUUUUUUAAGGGUUUUUGUAUUUGAUGUGGUUGAUCUCUUGAUGCACCAUGUUCUCGUCGUGUGGCUUUUGGGCUUGGAGUGUGUGAAAUGUUCAGUACAAAUAUGGCAAGAGAGUCUAGACUGUAGCUGAAACUAGAAAGUAAAAUUGCACUUUUCACAAGGGUAAAAAAGACAAAGUUUGUAUGAAUGUCUUUUUCUUAGCCCCCCCCCCCCUUUACACAUUGGGAUUCUGACAAUGCACAGUUUCUUUUAACUUAAUCAAAACAAGCUCUCUAAUGUUUGCCAAAAAUGUGAUUCCAUGCUAGCUUUUCAUUUACGGAGACCUUAUUUUAUAAUGUGUUAUCUUUAUUAUUUUCUAAGCUGAAUAACUUAUCUCUACAAGCUAAAAGUAAAUGCCAAAAGGUUUUGUUUUGCUUUUGAAAGAUUACUUGUCAAGAUUGUACCUUGUCACAACAGAAAGUCAUUUUGGUCUUUAUUUACUUUUAAAAGUGUGGAUAUGGCUAUUGUACAAACAUGCAAUACACCUGUAGUCCCCGUGUAGGCUUAAAAAGUAUGCAUACAUCCCUUCUUUAUCUUUUAGAGGCUUUGAUUCUUCAUGUUGUAAUAAAAAAAAAUUGUGGAACUGAAUAUGCACAGCAGGACCUUUCAGGAAUACUAUUAUGUUAUAAAAGUCACAUCUACUAUUUGAAGUGUGUAUAAAAUUUGCAUGUAAUUUUAUUCAGCAACCAGAUUCAAUUCCCAAAUGUGUGCACUGGUCUAUUAUACUAGCCACCACUGCUGAGAUCCGGGUUAGAAUCUCAACUAUGCUAUCGGUUGGCCUGGCGUCUACACAGACAUAAUUGGCUGUGUCCGGGAAAGGAAGGGGGUGGCUAAAGUCGAUGGAUUUAAGUCCUGUUCAGGGUAUUCCUUCCUUGCACCCAGUGUUUCCCAAUGAAAGUGGACCCUGACCCUGACAGAUAAUGGGUUAAUAAAAAUAAAGUAAAUACAGUUUCUUUGUAAUUGCCAAAGUUUGUGAAAGCAAACAUACCAACGAUGUGCCUAAACUGAAGUGAAUCAUGUCUGCUAUCUCCACAUACUGUUUGCUUCUUAUCAUCAUAGGCUUCUUUAGCCAACUUCGCAUAUGUUCAACAAGGAGACGGUUACCUUAGCUCAUUAACCCUAUGUAAAAUAUUUUAUUGCCUGGUCCUGUUGUAAAACUGCUGCCCUCACAUGCACUUUGGAAUGUAAAAGCACAUCCCAGCUGUAGUGUGUGUAAGGUUUCUGCAGAAAAGUCUGGUCAUUUUAUUAUUCAACCAUUCCACUUCAUGCCCCAUUAAACUACAGGGGGUCCAAAACUUCUGAGCAUGGAUUUUCACCCUUUUAAAGCAUUACAUAACAAAUAGAUUCAAACAGUGUGGUUAAAUUGUAUAGUAAUUCACAAGUGAAGAACAGUGGGAAACGAUUCAGACUAUUCUUAGCACAACUGAUCUCAAGCUCCAGAUUUUCAGCACAGAAAGGACUGUAUGUAAACAGGGUGAGUGUCUGAUCAUUUCCAGUUAUUCACCCCAUUUGUUCACAACAGGGUCUGCUUCCAAAAAAGCAUGGUGGAAGAUGUUCAGGAAAGCUGUUUUUAUGGGUAAAAUCUUAAUAAUAAUGCUUGUAUUUAAUUUAUAUUCUCACCAUUGGAGUGUGGGCUUUUCUACUGGUCCACACUGGUUAUAGGUACAUGUGUGGUUUUUCUGUGGUUAUUAAAAUGUUAUUUAAAAGCACUACACAUUUAAAUGACAACACAGCACCAUUUCCACACAUCACAUGCAUUUGUGUGUUCAGCACCAAAGCAUACAGAUUACACAGUGUACUAUAGUUUUGGGUAAACCUUUAGUCAGUGGUAUACAAAACUGGGUGCUUUCAAUAUAUAUUUAAUAUCAUAUAUAUUUUUUGCUUUAUUAUUUUAGUAAAUGUUUUGUAUUGUUGAAUUCCUAAAGGUCUUGCCAGAUGUUUUGAAGACAGCCCCUGGGAAUAGAUUUAAUAUUUGCUUCUACAGUUGAUUAAAAUAUUGUUUUAGAUUUUGUAAUUACGCAAUAAAAAUGUUUAAAUAAUUAA